AUGUUGCUGUCCAGAUCCAGCGGAAAUGGUUUCUGUACCCUUCAGAGAACAUACUGGUUAAGAGAGAUGACUUGGAGAAACUGUCCUCCCACUUAUUGGGUGCGGCUCCCCUUCUGUGCCCACAGCACUUGGAACAGUGCUGGCAGCAGGAGGCGCAGGCUCAUGGUAGCGGCAGGGGCAGGCCUGGGUGUGUGCAGCAUCUUGGCUUAUGGAAACCGCCAUUGGCAGGCAGCCACAGCGGAGUCCCCAACGGCCACACCUGCCGCCUCACUCCCUCGCUUCACUCGAGAAGAGGUGGCCCGCCAUCAUAACGAAGCAAAUAGGGUGUGGGUGACUUAUGGCAGUGAAGUUUUUGAUGUCACCGAUUUCUUAGAGCUUCACCCUGGGGGCAAAAGUAAGAUUCUUCUGGCAGCAGGUGGGGCUUUGGAGCCCUUUUGGGCUCUCUAUGCUAUGCAUAAACAAGAUCAUGUCCAAGAAAUCCUUCGGGAAUAUAAAGUAGGAGAGCUGAGCCCAGAAGAGCCUCCUCUGCCAAGCCCAGAUGACCCUUACGCCAACGAUCCUCCGCGCCACCCUGCCCUCCGAGUCAAUACCCUCAAGCCCUUCAAUGCAGAACCUCCUCCAGAGUUACUGGCAGAAUAUUUUUUGACCCCUAACCAGAUCUUCUUCAAGCGCAACCAUCUCCCAGUGCCACUUGUGGACCCUGAAGCCUACCGCCUAUGUAUUCAGAGUCCCUCUAGACAGACCCUGUCCUUCUCUUUGCAAGAUCUGAAACAGAAUUUUCCAAAAUAUGAGGUUACCUCUACCAUACAGUGUGCUGGCAAUCGCCGGGCAGAGAUAAACGCCAUCCAGAACACCAACAGACUCGGGUGGAACAUUGGGGCCAUUAGCAAUGCCUGUUGGGGUGGUGCCCGGCUUCGGGAUGUCCUAAUGCAAGCUGGGUAUCAUCCAGGGGAUGAGGGUCAUGUCUCCUUUGAGGGCCUGGACAAGGAUCAUGGUGGCACUGUAUACGGAGCCUCCAUCCCUUUUCAGAAAGCUAUGAGUCCAGAUGGGGAUGUUCUCUUGGCAUAUGAGAUGAAUGGGGAGGAGCUGCCUCGAGAUCAUGGCUUCCCUCUGAGAGUUAUUGUGCCAGGAGUGGUGGGGGCUCGUAGUGUAAAAUGGCUGGCUCGGAUUACAGUGGGGCCAGAGGAAAGCAAGAGCCACUGGCAGCAAAAGGAUUACAAAGGAUUCUCUUCGUCCGUAACCUGGGAAACAGUGGAUUUCUCCAAGGCACCUGCCAUUCAAGAGAUGCCCAUCCAGUCUGCCAUCACUGAGCCAUCUUCUAAGACAUCUGUCUCUCCUGGAGAGCUCACAGUGAAGGGCUAUGCCUGGAGUGGUGGAGGGCAGAGGGUGAUCCGUGUAGAUGUCUCCCUGGACGGUGGGAAAAACUGGAAAGAAGCAACACUAACUGGUGAAGAGCAGCUGCUUGGCCAAGCUUGGGCUUGGAAGCUUUGGCAGCUGGAUGCUUUUGUGCCUGCUGGAACCAAGGAGUUGAACAUUGUCUGCAAGGCUGUGGACACCAGCUACAAUGUGCAACCUGAGCGUGUGGAACCACUCUGGAACAUUUUGGGAGUACUCAACAAUGCUUGGCAUCGGGUCCGUGUCCCCGUGAAAAAGGAUUGA